AUGCUCUCUAGCUAUGACAAGCGCACGGGCUCCAUUUCCCAACUACGUGUGCACACCAUCGCCGUGACUUGUGCGCUAGAUAAAUGGCUGGAUGACCUUCCAGCUGAGCUAGCCGUUGACCCGAACAGCACCUCAGCAAUUUAUCUACCACAUGUAUUGGUCAUGCACACUCAAUUUCACGAAACCAUGAUCUUCGCCAACCACCCGUUCAUCACGCCUCCACGAACAGGACAAGCACCAGAUUCGCGUCGCAAAUACGUCGAGUCUGCGCGGAUAAUCACCCGUAUGAUAGCUAUCUAUAAACGACUUUGGACCCUGCGCCGUAUUAACAUUCAGGGCAUACACCCCAUGUUUACAGCGUCAAUGGUGCACCUUUAUAUAGCGUGUACCUCUAGAUGCUAUGACGAAUUUGCAAUUGCCGUCGCAGACCUUGAGGUAUGUUGCGACGCAGUGAAAGAUGCAUCUACCUCAUUUGAGCUUGCGGGGUGGCAGCUCCGGUCUGUGCAUCGGGUGUGCCAGCUCUGGCAUGAUUUACUAGAGAACCAGAUUUCUGUGCAGCCACAGAAGGUCUCUCAGCCUGGUACUGAGAUAUGGCCACAGGACUGUGAUCGAUGGGCAACUAUUGAGGCGGUUAUUCAAAGGUCAAUGGUCUCCACUGAGGUUGGAUCGGCGCCGGAGGAACAGAACCCUUGGUUUAAUGCGUGGAUGCAGAUGCAGGAGAUUUCAGCCGUGGAUCCUUUUUCCAUGGGAUCAGCGUAG